CUGGUCAACUACACCAUGGGAGUGAAGUGGGAGGAUGGAGUCUGGUUUACGAUCGUAGAGGAGGAGAAGAAGAGUCAAAUAGAAGGACAGACAAAAAGUCAGACAUCAGAUGUGAUCGUGUACGAGAUCUUUGGUUUUGAAGAUGAAACUCUGCCCUACUCUCUGACCAUCAUCAAUACUCCUGGAUAUGGAGACACCAGAGGGUCUGAAUAUGAUGACACCAUCAGUUACAGAUUACUGGACUUGUUUCAAUCAGAUGAUGGAGUCCAUGAAGUUCAUGCUGUGGGUCUGGUGAUGAAGGUGAGUGAUAAUCGACUGAGUGAGCGAUUGAGGUACGUCUUUGAUUCAGUGAUGUCUCUGUUUGGAAAAGAUGUGGAGCAAAACAUCAUAGCUCUGAUCACACACUCAGAUGGAAGCAGGCCUGAAAACCCUCUUCAAGCUCUUGAAGCUUCAAACAUUAAAUGUGCCAAAAAUGAGAAGAAUCAGCCUGUUUACUUCCUGUUUGAUAACUGCCAGCAUGAAGAGCGAAUGGAGGAAAACACAAAUUUUAUAAAUUCAUGGGAACUUACACAGACAAACAUGGAUCAUUUGACAGACUUGUUGGGAAAAUCUAAUCCUCAAAAACUGGUGAAAACAUCCGAAGUGUUAAAUGAACGAAUCAGACUGAAAGCCUGCAUCCAAAACCUGGAAGACAGAAUUGAGCUGGUUGAACUGAAACAAAGAGAAAUCAGACAGAUCCAAGAAGCUCUGAAGCAGACAAAUCACAGAAGUAAAAUGGAAAUUGAGAAAAUAUUGAGUCUUUUGGAAAAUCUUGAAAAGGAAAUGAAACAGCUGACAGCAGAAAAGGAAAAGUGGCUAAGUGACUCCUACCACCAUGCUGUCAGACUGGAGGAAAUCGCUCUGAAAGCUGAUUCAGCAUCCACUAUUGUCCACUUGGACUUCCUGAUUGAGAUGAUGAAGGAGAAAGGAGACAGAGAGAAGGUCCAGAAACUGGAGGAGAUGGGAAGGAGAGAGGAUGAAGGAACCAAAGAAGCACAGAGAUACAAACUUGGUCAAACACCAUCAGCUAUCAAAACCAUUGGGAGACCCUCCCUCUGGUAUAAAGCAGAGAAGUCCCAGUUCCUGGAUUAGUCCUACCAGCAUGUAGUCAGACUGGAGCAGAUUGCUCUGAAAGCUGAUUCAGUGUCCACUAUUGUUCACUUGGACUUCCUGAUUGAGAAGAUGAAGGAGAUAGGAGACACAGAGAAGUUUAAGAAACUGGAGGAGAUGAGAAGGAGAGUGAAUGAAGGAACCAGAGGAGAACUGCAAAAUGUGUGGAGUAAAUUAACAGCAUUUUGGAAAAGAAAGGAUCUGUGA